UGGGGACACUGCAUUAUUAUAUGCUGCAAGCAAUACCCAAGAAGGUAAUGAUAUUUGUCUUCGUCUACUUUUGGAAAAUGGCGCAGAUGUCAAUGCUAAGGAUAGCGAUGGGGUCAGUGCAUUGAUGAGUGCUGCGUUGAAUGACAAAGAAGGUAUUCGUGUACUUCUACUAUUGGAGCAUGGUGCAGAUGUGAAUGCUAAGGAUAAAGAUGGGGACACUGUAUUAUUAUAUGCUGCAUUGAAUCCCCAAGAAAGCAAUCGUUUACUUCAGGAACUUAUAGAUCAUGGAGCAGAUGUAAAUUCCAAAGACAACAAGGGACAGACGGUAUUGAUGCAUUUAGCAAUAAAGAAAGAUUAUUUGUUUACAGAUCGUCAUAAGGAUUGCAUCCCAGAAUAUACCAGUUUUCUUCUAGAUCAUGGCGCCGAGGUCAAUAUCCAGGAUGAAACUGGUAAUACAGCAUUGCUAUAUGCUCUCAAAAACAGAGAUUUAGAUAUUGUUACACUUUUAGUAGAUUAUGGAACUGACUUAACUAUACAGUACAAUGGUGGGAAAACAGCAUUGAUGUAUGCCUUUGAAGCCAGAUGUUUUGAUGGGUUUAAACUUCUAGUAGAAUGUGGAAUUAACCUAAAUAUACAGGACGAUAGUGGAACAACAAUCCUUAUGUCCGCUGUUCAAGGAGAACAAUUAGAGUAUGUCGAACUUUUACUCGACCAUGGUGCGAAUUUAAGUGGCCAGGACACACAGGGAAAGUCCCUUCUUAACUCUAUAAAGAAGUCAUCCCCCGAAGGAUUGAAAAUAUAUUCCUUGCUUUACACGAAGGGUGCUGCAGAUGACAAUUACCAACAUCUAAUGUCAUUAUACAAAAACGCAACAAAUGACCAACAACAUGAAACUAAACUGAAACUGGAUAGAUGGACUAUUAAAUCCAGACUAUCUUUGAAGUAUUUUGCAAGACAAGUUGUCUACAAUAUAUGUACUUCAAAUAAAAAAGGGUACAAGUCAUCAAUCCAGUAUCUCAUUGACAGUGGUCACAUUCCUGCCG